AUUACUCUCCCACGUCACUUCCGUUCCCGCCUCCUUAACUCUUACCAGACUUUCCCCUAUCAGCCAGCCAGACCGGAAACACGUCACUGGCGAGCGGAGCGAUCUAUGUUUAUGCUUAGUAUCUCCAGCCAGAAGGUGAGAUUCCCCCAAUAAGGUGACACAGAGCGCCGCCCGUGCAUGUUAUCCCUUCACUGCCCUGUGUGCGGCUCCUCCAGCGCCCCCCAGAGGACACAGCCGGCCAUGGCAUGGGGUAACAAAGCCGGGAUAGCUCGCUGUGUGUGCUGGCAUUGUACCUGUACUGUACUGUACUGUGUGUGUGUACUGUAUGAUAGGACACAGAGAGCAUAGAGAGAGAGAGCUCAUAGCACCCAGAGCUGAACUACUAAUACCUGACACAGAGCCACAUCACACAGCUGGCUGUCAGAUAUAUUAUUAUUAUUAUUAUUAUUAUUGUUACAUGGCUGUCAUAUUUAUUAUUUAUUACAUGGAUGUCAUAUAUUAUUAUUACAUGGCUGUCAUAUAUUAUUAUUACAUGGCUGUCAUAUCUGUUAUUACAUGGCUGUCAUAUUUAUUAUUUAUUACAUGGCUGUCAUAUAUUAUUAUUACAUGGCUGUCAUAUUCUGUUAUUACAUGGCUGUCAUAUUUAUUUUUACAUGGCUGUCAUAUUUACUAUUACACGGCAGUCAUAACUAUUAUUAUUACAUGGCUCAUAUUAUUACAUGACAGUCAUAUAUAUUUUUACUUGGCGGUCAUAUUUAGUAUAUUAUUAUUAUUACAUGGCUGUCAUCUCCGUUAUUACAUGGCUGUCAUAUCUACAAUUAUUAUUACAUGGCUGUCAUUUUUAUUAUUAUUACAUGCCUGUCAUAUCUGUUAUUACAUGGCUGUCAUAUUUAUUAUUAUUAUUAUUAUUACAUGGCUGUCAUAUAUAUUAUUAUUAUUACAUAGCCGUCUUAUCUGUUAUUACAUGGUUGUCAUAUACAGUUUAUUAUUAUUAUUACUACGUGGCUGUCAUUAUUAUUAUUAUUAUUAUUAUUAUUAUUAUUACAUGGCAGUCAUCAUUAUUAUUAUUAUUAUUAUUAUUACAUGGCAGUCAUCAUUAUUAUUAUUAUUAUUAUUAUUAUUAUUAUUAUUACAUGGCUGUCAUAUUUAUUAUUUAUUACACGGCAGUCAUAUAUAUUAUUAUUAUUACAUGGCUGUCAUAUUUAUUAUUAUUACAUGGCAGUCAUCUUUAUUAUUAUUACAUGGCAGUCAUAUAUAUUAUUUAUUACAUGGCUGUCGUAUUUAUUAUUAUUAUUAUUAUUAUUACAUGGCUGUCAUAUGUAGUAUUAUUACAUGGCAGUCAUAUUUAUUAUUAUUAUUACAUGGCAAUCAUAUUUUUUUUUACAUGACUGUCAUAUUUAUUAUUAUUUUUUUAUUAUUACAUGGCUGUCAUAUAUUAUUAUUAUUAUUAUUACAUGGCUGUCAUAUUUAUUAUUUAUUACAUGGCUCUCAUAUUUUUUAUUUAUUACAUGGCUGUCAUAUUAUUACAUGGCUGUCAUAUCUAUUAUUAUUACAUGGCUGUCAUAUCUUAUUAUUAUUAUUAUUAUUAUUAUUACAUGGCUGUCAUAUUUAUUAAUAGUAUUACUACAUGGCUGUCAUAGCUGUUGUUGUUUUUUUUAUUACAUGGCUGUGAUAUCUAUUAUUAUUUUUAUUACAUGGCUGAUAUGCUAGAGCUGCCUUAGAGGUAUAUCUCAGUUACCAGGUUUCAUCCAGCUAGGAGAGAUAUUAAGAAAGCGAUAUAUCCCAGGUACCAGGUUUCAUCCAGCUAGGAGAGAUAUUUAGAAAGAGGUAUAUCCUGGAUACUGGGGUUGCGGUUGUAUAUGAGUGAUUGAAAUUCAGAGGCAUGUGCCAGGUAUGUGGUUACAGGUUGCUAGGAGAGGUCUGAAUAGAGGUAUAAAAGCCAGGUACCAGAUUGUGGCCGGUUAGGAGUGAAAUGAAUAUAAAGAGUACAUCCAGGGUACACUUUACAGUCGUAUAGGUGGCAUAUGAAUAGAGAGGUAUAUCCCAGGUAAUGGGUUAUAGCCAUGGAGAGAUAAAUUGAAGGUAUCAGGUUACAGUUGUUUAGGAGAGAUAUAUGAAUAGAGUUUAUAAAUACCAGGCAACGGAUACAACUGGUUUAGAGCGAUGUAAAAGGACAGGUGUCUCCUGAGUACCAGGUUACAACCAGCUAAAGAUCUGAAUAAAGUGAUAAAUCCAAGGUGGCCGGUAACAGCUCUGUAUAGAUGUAUAGAACGGUAUGGCUUAGGUAUAUCCCGGGUACUGGGUUACAGCCAGUUAGAGAUUUGAAUAGAGAGAUAAAUACCAGGUUACAGCUGGCUGGUGCAAUCUCAAAAAAAUGGUAUGUCCUGGGUACUGGCUGACAGCCAGUUUGGAAUUCUAAUUUAAGGUCAAAAUACCUAAACUGGAAAAAUUCUCCAAGUCAGCGGUGCUUCCAGUUUUGGUUACUUUGGCCCUAAACUUGAAAUUCAACUUAAAUUUCCCAACGGUUCUCACGAUAGUUAAUAAUCCUGCCAGUAAUCAUUUAAUUUUAUCUCCCUAGUAAGGAAGACAAAUGGGUAUUUGAGCCUUUGCCUGACCAGCUAGGAUUUACCGCUCUGUUCAGAUAUCUCAUAACUGGCUGCAAUCUGGUACACAGGAUAUACCACUUUAUUUAGACUCUCUAAUCUGGCUGUAGCAAGACAUCCAAUGUAUAUACCUGUCUAUGGAGAUACGGUACUCAGAUGUCUCCAAACUGUCUAUAACCCGGUAUCCAAGAUAUACCUCUUUGUAUCUCUCCAAACUGUCUAUAACCCGGUAUCUAAGAUAUACCUCUUUGUAUCUCUCCAAACUGUCUGUAUCCAAGCAUCCAAAAUGUACAUCUGUAUUUAUACUUCUCCAAAUUGACUGUAACCCUGUAUCCAAAAUAUACCUCUCUAUUAAGAUCUCUCCAAACUGGCUAUAACCUGGUACUCAGGGACUAUCAGAGCAGGAUUAACCUUAAGGCGGCCACUUUGGGGUUAGACAGGGGCCCUGUUAUGAAUUUGAUUGGCUACAUUUACCAUCCCUAUGUGAAUAAUGAAAGGGGUCCAAACUGGAAAUCUACCUAGGACCCUGUGGGCAAUAUGUGGUAAAAUGCAAAAUAAAUUGUUACUCCAACCAUAAAACAGUGUUUAAGAAAAUUCUGUCAGAUUAACUUUUCAAAUACAGAUCCCCCCCUGAAAAAAAAGAAAACGAUAAUGAUGCUCCUUCCCAGAGCCGAGGCCAAGAUUCCUCUGCUGAUGUCACUACCCCUUGUUGGUCGUCAUGGAGCAGAGAGGAUGCAUACUGGUGUCAGAUGCCAAUUUUUGCACAGAAUUAACAUUAUCCUCCCUGAACUCUUAUUCCAGGUUGGCUAAUAACACUGCCAGAGGUAGAGCAGCAGCAGAUGGGUUAAUUUCUGUAUGUGCAGUAUUUCAUAAAUAAAUGCUGCACAUACAGUCUCCAGGCACCAUGACCACUUUAAAUCAUGGAAGUGGUUAUGGUGCUUGAAGUAACCCAUUAAGCAGCCUAUGUUAUCUCGUUGCACAAUAAGCUCUUGUCCAUGUGCCGCAGUACACUAUUGACACAGCACUGGCCAGGAGAUAAAGAGAGCGGAGGAGCAAAAAUGGCUGAACUAAAAGCACACUCGUAAAGCAGCUUUAACACGCAGAACAGAUGCGCGUUUUUUUCCGUGCAGAGUCAGAGGGCAAGGAAUAUCUUUUAGUCUACAGACAGCCAACUUUUCCAGAUAAUAUUAUUUUCUGUCUUUUUGUAAAUGUAUUUUUCGUUUCCUUCUGUACCUUUUCAUUUGUUCUGCUUAGCUGUAAUAUUAUAGCUCUUUAAUAACAGUAUUUUUCUCUUUGGUUUUAAUCAUAUAGGACUUUCCAACUUAUUAGUGAACAGUAGGUUUUUAUAUUCAUGAGAAACAGGCUCCAGAUUUUUAUUUGUUAAUAUUUCAUUAUGAGUUUCGGUUUGACCUGUAAUCACUAAAAGCCAGUGUAUGUUCAUCUUUCAUUCAGUAGAGGCAGCUAAAUAAGAUGUCUGUGUUCCUAUAUGGCAUGUAUAACUUGACAUUAUUAGACCUAGUACUUUUUAAGGCUGUAACUUAAACAGACGCCAAAUUGACGUAAGUACUACGUUAUAUGCAAGUAUAACUCAUUUUCAAGUAUGAAGAAUUAAAACUAAAUUUGUUCUGAUUUUUGAAACUGCUGAUAAACCUAGAUUUAUUUUUUCUUCAUUAAUCUACAUUGACUGUCAUAAGCCAUAUAUUCAAAGAAGAAAGUCUGUUAUAAGCCUGUCAAAAUGUGGUAUGUUGUGUCUUUAAUUUAAAAAGCAGGUUUUAUAUCAGAACUGAAGGCCCCCACAUAUUAAAGGAACACUAUAGUCACCUAAAUUACUUUAGCUAAAUAAGGCAGUUUUAGUGUAUAGAUCAUUCCCCUGUAGUGAUGUCCCGAACGGUUCGCCGAACAGUUCGCCACGGACGGCGAACAUAUGCGCUGUUCGGUCCGCCCCCUAUUUCAUCAUUGAGUAAACUUUGACCCUGUUCCUCACAGUCAGCAGACACAUUCCAGCCAAUCAGCAGCAGACCCUCCCUCCCAGACCCUUCCACCUCCUGGGCAGCAUCCAUUUUGCAUUCAUUGUGAAGCUGCAUUCUUAAUGAGCUGUCCAGGAGGUGGGAGGAUCUGGGAGGGAGGGUCUGCUGCUGAUUGGCUGGAAUGUGUCUGCUGACUGUGAGGAACAUGGUCAAAGUUUAUGUUUAUGUUCGCUGUCCGGGGCGAACCAUUCGGCGAACCAUUCGGGACAUCACUAUUUCCCUGCAAUUUCACUGCUCAAUUCACUGUCAUUUAGGAGUUAAAUCACUUUGGUUCUGUUUAUGCAGCCCUAGCCACACCUCCCCUGGCUAUGAUUGACAGAGCCUGCAUGAAAAAAAAACUGGUUUCACUUUCAAACAGAUGUAAUUUACCUUAAAUAAUUGUAUCUCAAUCUCUAAAUUGAACUUUAAUCACAUACAGGAGGCUCUUGCAGGGUCUAGCAAGCUAUUAACAUAGCAGGGGAUAAGAAAAUCUUAAUUAAAUAGAACUUGCAAUAAAGAAAGCCUAAAUAGGGCUCUCUUUACAGGAAGUGUUUAUGGAAGGCUGUGCAAGUCACAUGCAGGGAGGUGUGACUAGGGUUCAUAAACAAAGGGAUUUAACUCCUAAAUGGCAGAGGAUUGAGCAGUGAGGCUGCAGGGGCAUGUUCUAUACGCCAAAACUGCUUCAUUAAGCUAAAGUUGUUCAGGUGACUAUAGUGUCCCUUUUAAUAUAUUUUGAAACUUAGACAGCCCAUAGAUAUUAGAAACUCAAUUCUAUAAAUUAUGGGCAGCAACAUACAUAUAGAGAGCGAUUUUAUAACCUGAAAUACUAAAAUACUGUAUGUGCGCUCCAAAAAUAUUCUGUAUUUAUUUUUAUUUUGUGGAGCGCACAUACAUUGUGCAUGGUGAAAUGAAACUGCAUUUUUUUUUUUUUUUAAUCUAGGCAAAUCCUUUUACCAAUCUUCACAUUCCCUUUUUUUCACAUUUAAUCCACUUUUAUUGAUUGCAUACCUACAAUAUAUGGAUAGAGAAUUCAUAACUUGCAUUUUGCAUAGGAGCUGUCCAGAUUGUCUUGUUAAUGUGUUUUGUGGUUGUUGUUUUUUUAGGAUAGAAUGUUGAUCAAAGAUGGAUCGUGCAGCUAGCCACAGCUGCCACCUUCUACAGCAACUUCAUGAACAGCGCAUCCAGGGAUUGCUGUGCGACUGCAUGCUGGUGGUGAACGGUGUUUGCUUUAAAGCUCACAAAAAUGUACUGGCUGCUUUCAGCCAGUAUUUCAGGUACGAUACUUUUUUCUGGUUUUGUGUAAGUAAUGGUGGGAAAAUACAAAUGGGAAUGAUAUAAUCCAGCAAUGGAAACUCCUCAAAUUCUUGUGUUUUAUGUGUUUGAUAAAUGACCCCUUCCUGUUGGAUAACAUAGGGUUAAAACCAGUUAUCACUAACUGGGUUUACUAUGUACCAAUUGGGCUUUAGAGCAAAUACUCCAUAGUAUUCUUAGCAAAUUUCAGAGAAAUCUUAUCCAAUAAAUGUAGGUAUAUAUGUUAAUUGGUAGCAUCCGGAUUUUGGUAAAAACAAUCAUCUAUACAUUGUUUUGGUCACUUUUUAAAAUUCUUCUGCAGUUCUUUAUAAUAAAAAAUAAAUUCCUACCCUACCUUUGGCACAAAGCAAAAUCAGAGAACAGUUUUCUAUUUCAUGAUUUGUGACAAACAAUAUCCAAUCACUAACAUGAUGCUCACAUUGCAAGAGAAGACAUUUCAGGGCAACUUUAAUUUUAUCUCUCCUACCCCUUCCCUUACUCUUCUGAUUUCGGUGUAUACCUUUUUGCUGUUUUAGAUUUGCACAUCUGGCAAGCAAAGUAAAAUUAGAUAGCCACAUUAGUUUGGUAGAACACCUUGGAUAAUUAAAGUUUAGUGCCUAGGUCAUGAUCUUGCACACACUCUCAUAAAUUGGGCAUAUCUUGGUCAACACAAUCCGCUAUUAAUAUGUUAGAUUGCACACUACGUGUUUUUAAGAAUUAAUGAGUUUAUAUUUCAUUGUUUCAACAGAUCAUUAUUCCAGAACACUUCCAGCCAGAAAAACGAUGUCUUUCAUUUAGACAUUAAAAAUAUUGGUGGGAUAGGUCAAAUUUUGGACUUUAUGUAUACAUCUCACCUAGACUUGAAUAAUGAUAAUGUGCAAGCCAUAUUGGAUGUUGCUCAAUGCCUGCAAGUGCAGAAUGUCCUCAACAUGUGUUACAGUUUCUUGAAACUAACUUCUGUUGUAGAGCAGGUGACGUCCACACCGUUUAGCAAUUCUUCACCUCUUCAGAGUACUUUCCCAACCUAUACAAAUUCCAUGUCAAAUGAGCAACUCGGUCCUCCAUUAUUACAGCCUACAGGACAGGAUGAAGAUCCUGCCCGGGUACCUCAACCUCAUAAGGUUCCAGAUGAGAUGGCAAAACCAACCUCUGUUCCUUUAAAUGAUAAAGAAACUCCUAUAAAACAACUAAAUCAACCUUACAAAUUGAGAGACUUUUAUAGUAAACAGUUUUACAGGGAAAAUGCUGAUAAAGUAGCAGAACAACAAACAUCUGUUAGCACAGUUACAGAAAAUAACCAAAUUGAAACCCAGUCCUGGACUUUGAAUAGUUCUGCUCCCAUAUUGGCACCAUCGGAUUCUCUACCCCUGGAACCACUGCCUGCGUUCUCGCACACGUUUGUCUCAACACAGGAGCCAGAGAGAUCAACAUUACAGUUCCCAAUUGAAAUGCGUCUGAAGAAAGCCAUCCAUCUGAAAAAGUUAAACUUUCUUAGAUCUCAGAAGCCAGUCGAAGAGUCUGCUGAGCCCGUUGCCAACUUGCAAAAUAUAGUUGAAGACACAAUGUUUACCCAUGAAAAAGAGUCUGAGGAACGCUGCAGCGUAGCUGGUGAAAUGUUUGCAAAUCUGGAGGGACACGUCGAAGAGAGGUCAGAGAGUCCUUCGACUGUAGAAGAGCAAGAUCUAUCAAAUAAACACUGUGCUUGUGAUAUGUGCGGGAAGAGUUUUAAACAUCCAAGUAAUCUGGAACUACAUAAACGUUCUCAUACAGGUACAGUGAGGUAACAGUUUAUGUUUAGAUCACCUACUUAUUAAAUGCAUAUAAUUCAGGGAAGUUGUGAUUUAUAUCACAUAAUAUGCUGUAGAUUAAAAAAAAUAUAUUGGGUUGAUGAUGAAAGGGAUAUAUAUAUAUAUAUAUAUAUAUAAAAAAGCACCGUUAGGGGCUGAGCUUUAGGGGGUUCCUUUUUGAAUUGAUCUCUGUCCAUAUGAGGCAAGGCACAUUUUCUUUAACACCAACUGGGUUAUUUACUAAAAUUACAAUUGUCAGGAAUUCAAAGUGAGUUUCAGAUUUAAGGUUAAAUAGCUGAACUGGAGAAAAAAAGUCUCAAAAUCAGGUAUGCUUCUAGUUCAGCUAUUUUGGUGUAAUAUAUGACUAUUCUAACAAUUCUUACUUUGCUGACUAAUUUUGUAAGAUUGAAACCAACGAGCUGGUUAUUCAUGCUUGAGAAUAUAGCAUGGACUUCAGGUCAUGUUCUUCAACUACAGGCAAACAUCCUGGCUAUUAGGCUACUUAUCACUGAUGCUGGUCAUGCAACGUGUUAACAGUAAUACCUCUGCAUUUAGCUUGGGACAUCCUGUAUACAAUAGCCAGGGUACUUGGAGAAUAAACACAACUGUAAGUAUUGCUCUAUAUCUAUAAAAUAUAUUUAAAUCUAAAAAACAGGAGCAACCGAUCCCUACAUUUUUUAUGUUGCACCCUUAUGCUACAAUUGUUUAAAUUAUAAUUUUAUUUUUUUCAAAACAAUCUACACUCUACUACAUAGGGACAAAUAAAAAAAAAAAAUUCUAAAACCAUUGCAAAUAUAUUAAACAUUUAAAAAACGGAAAUAUCACAUUGACAUAAAUAUUCAGAUCCUUAACUCAGCACUUGGUUGAAGCACCUUUGGCAGUGAUUGUACCCUCAAGUCAUUUUGGGUAUGAUGGAACAAGCUUUGCACACCUGGAUUUGGGUCGUUUCUGCCAUUUGCCUCUGCAGGUAGGUUGGAUAAAGCCUGGUUUUCAUUAAGGCUAUAUUUUUAUUUAGCUGUGUUCAGCGAUCCCUGAACCCUUACCAGUCUUCCAGUUCCUGCUGCUGGAAAAACACCCCCAAUGCAUGGUGCUACCACCAUCAUGCUUAAUCAUUCAUUUGGUAUUGCGCAGGUAAGAACUGGUGCCUGGUUUCUUCCAGACAUGACUCUGUGAAUUGAGGCCCAGCAAUUAAUUCUUGGUUUUAUCAGACCAGAGAACAGUGUCUGAGUCUUAAGAGUUUAGGUGCUUGUUUUCAAAUGUCAAGCUGGAUUUCUUAUGUCUUGGUCUACUGCAACUUUCUCCCCACCUCCACACAUAAUCUAUUUAGUUCAUUCAGGUUUUUAGCAUCUCUUACCAAAAGCCCUUCUCCCUUAUUUGCCCAGUUUAGCCAGGCAGCCUGCUCAUGGAAGAGUCCUGGUUGUUCUUAGCUGCUUCCAGUUAAGCGUUAUACACCCUGUUUCAAAUUAUUAUGCAAAUUAUAUUUUUCUCAUUUACCUAAAUAAUUGAUGUAAAUAACAGUCAGCAUAAUUCUCAUGUUAUCAACUAUUAAGAGUACAAUUCAAAUUUUAUUGAACAAACUUCCAAAUGAUAACAGUAUUUUUUUUUUAAACAUAAACUUACAAUGCACUGUUCCACGUUAUUAUGCACAGUAAGUUUCAAAACACUUUAUAGGUUGUAAAGAACUGAAAAUUGUCAUUUGUUGUGUUUGCAGCAUAUUUACUGAAAUCAAAAGCUAUUUCAAUCAAACUUAAAACAACAUUUGAACUUUUUAAACAUUUUAACAGGUCACGUUACAUUUUAACAUAGGACCCCUUAUUUGAUAGCAGCUUCACAAGUCUUGCAUCCAUUGAACUUGUGAGUUUUUGUACAGUUUCUGCUUGAAUUUGUUUGCAAGAUGUCAGAAUAGCCUCGCAGAGCUGCUGUUUGGAUGUAAACUGCCUCCCACCCUCAUAGAUCAUUUGCUUGAGGAUUCUCCAAAGGUUCUCAAUAGGAUUGAGGUCAGGGGAGGAUGGAGGCCACAUGACUUUCUCUCCUUUUAUCCCCAUAGCAGCCAUUGAUGCAGAGGUAUUCUUUGCAGCAUGAAGAUGAUUUUAUUACGGAAAGCAUAGUUCUUCCUUCUGUACCAGAGAAGAAAGUGGUCAGUCAGAAACUCAACAUGCUUUGCAGAGGCCAUCUUUACACCUUCGGGGACCCUAAGAGACCAGCUCUCUUCCCAUGAUUCCAUUUCCAUGAUUCCGGCCCAAAACAUAACUCCACCACCGCCUUGCUGACGUGACAGCCUUGUUGGAACAGGGUGGCCGUCCACCAACCAUCCACUACUCCAUCCAUCUGGACCAUCCAGGGUUGUAUGGCACUCAUCAGUGAACAGGACUGUUUGAAAAUUAGUCUUCAUGUAUUUUUCUGCCCAAUGCAGCUGUUUCUGCUUGUGAGCAUUGGUUAGUGGUGGCCACAUAGAAGUUUUAUGCACAGUUGCAAGACUCUGGAGGACUCUACACCUUGAUGUCCAUGAGACUCCAGAGGUACCAGCAGCUUUAAAUAUCGGUUUGCUGCUAUGUAAUGAUAUUUUAGCAGCUGCUCUCUUGAUCCGAUGCAUGGAUCUGGCAGAAAUCUUCCUCAAUGUGCCUUUAUCUGCACGAACCCGUCUGUGCUCUGAAUCAGCCACAAAUCUCUUAAUAGUGCGAUGAUCAGGCUUAGGUUUUUGUGAAAUAUCUAAUGUUUUCAUACCUCGUCCAAGGCAUUGAACUAUUUCACUCUUUUUGGCAGCAGAGAGAUCCUUUUUCUUACCCAUAUUGCAUGAAAAUGGUGCUCUGCUUAUUAAUGCGGAACACCCUCCUUUAGUAGUUUUUCCUUAAAUUGGACUCACCUGGCAAUCUAAUUAUCACAGGUAUCCGAGAUUGUUUUCUAUGAUCAAAAGAGCCCUGAGACACAAUGCCAUCCAUGAGUUAAACUGAAAAACAAAAUAUUUAAUCUUUGUGACACUUAAAUAGAAUUUGCAUAAUAAUUUGGAACUGGGUGUAGAGGCCACUGUAGUCUUGGAAACUUUCAAUGCAGCCAGAAUGUUUUUGUAGCCUUCCUAAGCCUUGACAUAAUCCUGAGGUCUCCAGGCAGUUCCUGUGACCUCAUGGCUUGGUUUUUUCUCUGAUACACAUUUACAGCCGUGAGACCUUAUAUAAACAGCUGUGUGCCUUUCCAUAGUAUGUUCAGUCAAAUGAGUUUGCAACAGGUGAACUCCAGUCAGUGUAUAGAAACAUUCAAAGAUGAUCCAGAGAAAUAUCAAUGUGACAUUUCAGUUUUUGGGUUUUUUUUAAUUUCAAAAAUCAGUUUUUUGCUUUGUCACUGUGGGGUAUUAAGUAUAGGUUGAUGUGGGAAAAAAAAAAUAAUUUAAACAAUUGUAGCAUAAGGUUCCAGCAUAAAGAAAAUUGAAAAAUUAAAGAGUCUUUAAUAGUUUCUGAACGCAGUGUGUGCGUAUGUGUAUAUAGUUAUCUAUACAAAUAUACAAAUUGUAUACGAAGAAGCCGCAUGCCAGCCACAAGAUGUUGAGCACCUUCUGUGCACGUCUAGUGAUUUUUUUAUUUUUUUUCAUUGAUUGCCAAAUGACAUUCUCACUCAGAAGCUGUGAAAAUGAUUGUUGGAGGACCGUUAGAUGGGGUCAGUGUGUGCUUUUUAUCUUCUUUGAUAUAUUUAUUGUAAGUGAAUGCUCAUGUUUUGCCACUAUAUCCCUACAUUUUGCAUUCAGUUUAGUAACUGUUACAUAUUUUGUUGCAGGUGAGAAACCCUUUGAAUGCAGUGUUUGUGGCAAACACUUUUCACAGGUAGGUCCAUUUGUGUAGUCAUUUUUAAUAUGUAAUUAUUACUUUAUUAUGUUUUACACCACGCUUUAUACCAUGUACACUGAAAUGAUUCAGCUGGAUAAUCAUUUUGGUUGAGAGCGGCAUUUUGCCGCACAUGCGCAGUAGCCUCCCAAUGUUGGUCUUGAUGAUCUCCGCCAAGGUGGCAGGGACGGCAGUGCAGAAACGAGCAGAGAGAGGGGGAGGGAUUUUGUACUAUAGCAGUCACUGUCCUCAGCAUUACAUACGUAGUACACUACUGAAUAGCUAUUGAUUGGCACAAUCCAUAAAAUUCUGUAAAAUCCGACAUCCGAAACGCAUAAUAAAGUCUUUGUUACCUAUUUGUGACUCCUGUUUGAUUUUGUACCGAUCAGUUUGAUCAGAGAAGUGGUGUUGGAUGGGGGGGGAGUACAACGACGACUAACUAGUUAGAAGGGCACUACAGUGUUAGGAAUACAUGUUUGUAUUGCGAAUGCCUUAGUGUUCCUUCAAGUGCUCCCGGUGACUAGUGAUUAAGCUCCACUGUUCUAUAUAAAAUGGACACACAAAAAAAGUGUGUGCUUAUUUACACAUACAUAUAUACAUGUUCUAUGGAACUAUUGAUUCUAAGGUUUAAUUGCCAUUUACAUUGUACUUGAAAAUAUUAUCCACAAAUUUUGGUUGAUUGAGGGGUGAGAUGUCUGUUUUUUGUUUUGUUUUUGAAACUUGACUUUAUACAAUAUUUUGUAGCUUUGUCAACUUCCUGUUUAGUGAAUAAGGCCACGCAUGUAUACCGAAUACGGGAUGGCAGCAUUAUUUUCCCUAAGGUUAUUUAAUUAAUCGUGUAAAAUAAGUAAAGUUCGACAGUGACUUGUAGUGCUGAUGGGCACUGGCAGUGAAGUGGAGCCGUCAAUCACAGUUUUAUUUCCUGCAGAACACUGACAGAUUUAGACAGUUCUACUUUUUAACCAACACACUAGCAAUCCUUCCUGAACAAACCAGCUGCAGUGCUUCUUACUCUGUUGGGCUUCUUCAUGAAGCUAAAUAUCUGACUGCCAAUCCCAGGACAGUUGAGGGAAAGGGUCUAUGUCUGCAAUAAAAUGUAGGCUCUACAGUUUUGUGGCAUAUGUUUAUGCCACUCAUACUGCUAAAAUAAAAGUGUCCCUCUUUGCACAUUUGAAAUGGUGGGAGGUAUGCCAGCAGCCCCCAUUAAACUCAGUUGUGUACUGCAAAUGCUUGUUUGAUGUCUGCUUAUGCACAGCACAUUGUUAGUUAAUUUCUUUGGGGAAAAUUGGAUUUGAUGCAGUCAUUUCCUGCUUUUUUUUGCAGCACCAAAGCCUGGUGGAAACUUGGAGAAUAAUGUUCAUAAUGUAUUUUUUUUUAUUUUACUUAAAGGAGCUCUAUAGCCACCCAGAUCAAUUCAGCUGAAUGAAGUGGUCUGGGUGCGGUGGUUCUUUCAGUUUUAACACAGCAAUGUAAAACAUUGCAGUUCUGGGAAAACUGCAAUGUGUACAAUCUGUUACUGGAUGCUGUCUUCCUGAAACUCAGUCUGGGAAUCAAAGACUGCUCAUAACAGCAUUUGAUUGGAGGGAAAGCAGAGAUCUUUAACUUAAAUGCUGACAUCAGCGGAGGUGGAGCCGGCAUUUGCAGCAGAAGGGUCCCAGCACUGGAAAUUAGUUAAAUAAUCUUUAUUUAAUUUUAAUUUUUACACAGCAAAAGGGAACCUAAAUUCCAGAAAUUAUAAUUUGGAACUAUAGGUUCCCUUUAAUGUUCAAACAUAUAAUGGAUAUAUAAUAUACCCAAAAAAAAGGUCAGAUUCAGGAUAAAGCAAAUAAACACAGACAUUACUCGCCCUCAAUUAUCUGUAAAAAUAAGGAUAACCUACCUCAAAUCAAACAGCAGGAUAGUCUCUAGCUGUAGCUUCACUCCCCCCACUGUGAGAUCAUAACUAUUAAUAAUCUACUCGCCAUUCCAAGGCUCCUCAAAAGCCAGCAUUAGAAGGCAACGUUCACGCACUGCAAUCGCCGCAUGGUGCCACUUCAGCAAGCUGCAGAACUUUAGGGGUUUGGAGUGUUCCUGAAGUGGGAAUGUGUUACAAUUGCAGAAUAGAAUUUAAUGGAAUGCAUGCAAUGUGUUUCCAGCAGGGGGUGCUAAUCACAUUCAAAACAUUCUCCAUUGCAGACAUAGGCAGGCUUGCCACUACCUCUGUGAAAUGUUGAUCUCUCCUCUUUUAGGCUGGCAAUCUUCAAACUCAUUUACGGAGGCACUCUGGUGAAAAGCCUUAUAUCUGUGAGAUAUGCGGCAAAAGGUAUGAAGCAAAGCUUUUUUUUAUUUCUGGAUCCAGUAGGCAUGAAAAAAUGAAUAUACUUACUGGGAACAACACAAUGUUUUCUUAAAUUGUUUUCAGACAUUUGUAUCAGUCAUAUUGAUUGUUUGCAUUAACUUUUUAUUGCAGGUUUGCAAAUACAUUUAAAGGAACAAGGAGUCAGUGUCUCCUUGCAGAGUGUGGCGACAAUAAAAAUCAGUCCCGCAAUCUUUUCAGGAUCAAUCCCAGGUGUUACUUUUAGGGGCUGUCAGAGUGAGAGUCACUGAGUUAGCAUUGAGCAGCAGUGUACACUCUGCCUAAUUUUACACUGCAGAGGCUGCAGGGACAGUCAUUAAGCUGUAGUGGUUCUGAUGUCUAUAGAGUCACUUUAACAGUAUACAUUAGUUACAUUGGAAUAAAUUGUUUCCCCGAAGCUCAAUACAUGAACAAUUGUUAACUUCAGAGAGUGUUUCAUAUUAAACUAAGUUUGGCAAAUCUAUAUGUAAGAUAUAAUGCAGCGGAGUGUUGAUAACACAUUUCAGUAUUGUUUGAAGCAAUCGUACUGUCUCUUAAAGGGAUACUAUAGUGUUAUGAAUACAAACCAGUAUUUCUAACACUAAAACUCCCCUUUCUCGCAGCCCCACCCGGCCAAUAAAUGGUUAAACCCUCCUCCUUCUCUGAGUCAUCCGACAGGGGGGCCUAUUGCUCAUGAGCGGCCCUCUCCAUAGGAAUGCAUUGAAUCAAUGCAGAGUGUGAGGAUGUCCAGUGUCAACUCGGCAACCAAAAGUCGCCUAGCAAGCAGGAAGCGCCUCUAGUGGCUGUCUGGUAGACAGUCACUAGCGGCUGACUUAGUGCUGAAUUGUGAAUUGUGUUUUACUUUGAAGGGCUAAGGACAAUAGGGACCCUGUGCCCAGACCACUUCAAUGAGCUGAAGUGGUCAGGGUGCCUAUUGUGUCUCUUUAGUCCUUUGGUGCAUGGCUUUUUUACAGUUAGAAUUAUAUUCUAUCAUUUUUAAUUGGCUAAUAAGGUAAGAGCGGAUAAAGAGGAGUCAUGAAAGGAAGGAUGAGAAAGGAUUAAAAGAUCACUAUAGUGUCAAACCCGUUUUCUUGACACUAUAGUGCCCUCAGGGUCCCCCUCCCUUGGCGCUGAAGGGGUUAAAACCCAUUCAGCAGCUUACUUUAAUCCAGCGCCGUGCUCCCUCGGUGCUGGUGACCUCUCCUCCCCUGCCAAUGCCAGUUCCUGAGUGAAGCAUUUUUCAAUGCUUUCCUAUGGAUGUUCUGCACGCUGGAUGCGAAUUUCGCAUCCAGCGUCGCAGAUGCGCCUCUAGCAGCUGUCAGGAAGACAGCCACUAGAGGCUGGAUUAACCCUGCUAUGCAAACAUAGCAGUUUCUCUGAAACUGCUAUGUUUACAUCUGAAGGGUUAAAACCUGAGGGACCUGGCACCCAGACCACUUCAUUGAGCUGAAGUGUUCUGGGUGACUAUAGUGUCCCUUUAACCCCUUAAGGACACAUGACAUGUCAUGAUUCCCUUUUAUUUCAGAAGUUUGGUCCUUAAGGGGUUAAAGUGAGUAGCGAGUAGGUACAUAUACUGAAUAACCUUAUAGUUCUAGGGGUUUGAUACUGGGACUGCCUCAGUCAUGUGGUGUAAAUUGUGACAACUGGCAAAAAAUAUUCAUUUUAUAUUUAAUGAAGCAAAGAUUUGUUCAAAUAAUAUAUAUAUAUUUUAUAUAUAUAUAUAUAUAUAUAUAAUAUUUUUUUAUUUUUUAUUUUUUUUUGACUAUAGUUAAGGUUGGUCAGGUAACAGCUGAAUCUGGCUCCUUAACCAGACAAAAAAGCAAAAUGUUUUGUAAAAAAUAAUUGUUUCAUUGAAUGUCAUAAACUUUUAAACCAUGAGAAGUGAAAAUGUUGUCCUUUUAGCUGUACCUGUUGUUUUGUAUGUGUGUAUGUUCAUGCAUGUUUUGUUACUGUGUAUGUGUGUUCUAUAAUGUCUAUGGUUUCCAAAUUUUGUUGUGUGUUACUAAUGAGCCAUUCAUCUAGCUGUUAGGAUAUAUCCACAAUUAUGUGAGCUUCUCUUGAAUUUGUACAUCAAGAAAGGCUGUUUUUUUUUUUUGCAUUUAGUAGUAUCACAAAUGGGUCUGGACACACGUGCCUUUGAUGUCCAUUAACUAAGGAAUUCUGGAAAAGACUUAUAGCAAAUUGUACUUGCUGCCUUCUUGUUGAAGGUUUCUGUGAUAGCUUUUUUUGCCUAGAAAUAUUUUUUUGUCUACCUUUCAGAUUUGCAGUCUCGGGUGAUGUUCAACGCCAUAUCGUUAUUCAUACUGGAGAGAAGCCUCAUUUGUGUGAUAUCUGUGGCAGAGGUAACUUAACCGUACAAGAAUUUAAUUGAAAUGGAGUAAAAUUUUUAAAAACAUUGUUUCCUCCUCAGUUUCUAUAGCAGCACUAUCACACAUUUCAGCUGCUGUUUGGCUACAAGUUCUAUAAUUAUCUGUAAAAGAAUUGAAGACAUGAUGUCUAAUGGCUGCUAUGAUCCAAAUAAGGAACUGUAGUGAUCCUCUUAUACUUGGAAUACACCAACAGAUCCACGCUGUGGCACCAUUAACCAGUUCGUUCCUUGUUUAUAUUGGCAGGUUUUAGUAAUGUUAGUAACCUGAAGGAGCAUGAAAAGACUCAUGCAGCAGAUAUGACAUACACAUGUGAUGAGUGCGGGAAAUCCUUUAACAUGCAGCGUAAACUGAUAAAGCACAGAAUCAGGCACACAGGGGAGAGACCUUACAGCUGUUUAACAUGUGGUAAGAGCAUUUUUUUUUUUCUGGAUUUUUGGGGGUUUGUUUUUCUGGAUUUUUAUUUCCAAAACUUAUUUUUCAGGGUCGCAGGAAAGUUUGGUCUAGAAGGGAUUGCAGACAUUACCAUUGUCUGGAUUUACUAAUGUAUUAAGUGUAACGUAUUGUAUUCUAGGUAAAAAAGAAAUGCAGUUUGUCAAGGUAAUGCUAUAGUGUGAUAUCUGUCCUUCAUCGGUGACAUGUUGUUGCUAAGCAACAGAAAGUACAAUGUAUACUUCUUUAAAUCAAACCAUCAGAUGUGCCAGGUGAAUAAUUAACACAUUAAAGGAACACUAUCAUUAAAUAAAAUCUAUAUAGAUGUGUUCCUUUGAUGUUUAGAUACCCCUGCUUUUUUGUUUAUUUUUUUGUUUAUUUUUUAAAUAGUGGUUCUGGUGUUCGAAGUGUCUCUUUUUAAAGGAAAAAUAUAGCUUAAAAAUGGUUUCUGUUCAGUGAAGCAAAUAUCUCCCUUUUCAACAUUGCUGGGUCGUCUUCUGCAGUGUUUCUCAACCCUUUACAGAAAAGUACCCCUGCUUCGAGAAAGUAAUUUGUAUUGAUUUCAAUUCCAAAUGAAACAUGUAGACACUGAUAUUUAAGUUAAACCGAUAUUGGUGAACAAGCUUGACUAAAGGUAGCAAAGAAUAUUUUUUUGUUGUUGUUGUUGUUGCAAUUUUCAAGGUACACCGUACAUAGAAUACAUAUUACACAAUGCAUAGGAAGCCAUGUACGCAGACUUGCUGGUUACAUGAGUAGUUACAGUGCAUUUAACAUACAAAAACAGUUGUAAUUUGAUAGAUAUUCUAGACAUCUUUCUAUCUGGUGCGCCAUUGGCCACGGCCUACUAUUGGUGUGUACGCAAAGAAUAUUUUUAAAAUAAAUAUGACACAAUGUGAAUAUUUUCUGUCAGGAGACCCUGACACACUCAUUUGCACACAGAGGACACUGACAGGCACACUUACUGACAAACACACAUUCACUGACACUGAUUUGAUACUCACUGACACAAAUUCUCACUGAUUUCACUCAUUUACUGACCGUCACAUACACAGCCUUUCACACACACUCACAAUUUUUUUGUUUGUUUGUUAUUUAUAUUUAAGUCCACUCAGCCUCCCUACCUUUGGGAGAGCUGGAGUGGAUCCUGUCCCUGGGGUCCACUGUGGGGCUUGUGUAAUCUCUGUGCUCUUCCAGCAUUGCUCUCGUGGGCGUGAUUUAGUGGGACUAGAGUGAUGUCAUAACCUGGCUCCUGGCAUCACCAUAGAGUGUGAGAGAGCAGUGUUGGAAGAUCAUAAAGAAUACAGCGCCCUCGCUGCCUCCGCCUUCAUUCUCCCUCAGCCAGCCCUAAAGUGGCCAGCCUCUGGGCGCGUACCCCCUGAGGUACAUGAACCACAGGUUGAUAUACUAGGCUUUACUGUACAAAGGGGUAGAGCCACUCUAUUGCAUUCCUUCAGAAGCACAGUAUAUUAAGAUGGAAAUCAUAGCUUAAGUCAAAACUAUUAAAACUAUGUUUUGAGUCAUACUUUUACAAAGAUGCUAAAAAAUAGUUUGAGCUAACUGAUCCUUUACACACAGAGCAUAAAAUAAGUGUGUGUGUGUGUAUAUGUAUAUAUAUAUAUAUUUUUAAUAAAAAAAAAAAAUAGGAUACAACACAAGUGUGGAAAAGGUGGCACUCAAAAUUAAAUGUGUUUGUAUAGCUGCUGUGUACACUCUGUGGGUACUCCCACUACACAGAAGUAAUCACCAAAGAACAAAAACUAUCAGUCUGGAUAGGUGUUUCUACCCUUCAGGCUGUUAGUUUAGAGUGCAGCGCUUGUGGUAUAGCGUUAGGUGAAUAUCCCUCGAUUAGCGUGUAUAAAAUCCGCUUACCCUUAAUAUGUGGCACUUUUAUAUGAGUACAUAGAAAAAUGCUUACCUUGGAAAGAGCCUUUUGAAAACUGGCUCUAAGUGUAUGAAGCCUAGUGUCAAUUUCUGGGGUGACACUUUCCCCUAUCCUGCCCUAUGAUUCCGGUUAGGGGAAAGUGUCGCCCCAGAAAUUGACACUAGGCUUCAUACACUUAGAGCCAGUUUUCAAAAGGCUCUUUACAAGGUGAGCAUUUUUAUGCAUUAUUCCUGUUCUCAGUGACCAUUGGAUAUACUGCACUUAGAGUAUCACUUUUCUUUCUCUGUAUCUAUUAACCAUAUAUGACGUGGGGAGAAAUAAACCUAUCAUUCAACUACAAGAAGGUUAUGUGAUCUACCUUAAAGACACAGAUACCUGGAAGUUUAGAGCCUUAGAUCUCCAAAAGGCUCUAAAAUAUGUGAGUUUAUCUGUAUUUAUAACUCACAAAUUAAGUGGUCUAUCAGUUCACUUCAAUACAUUUGUACUUUGUUAAAUUUUUUUACAAUCUGUUACAUUUUUCCUUUAACUUUUUGUCAAUGGUAGGUAAAAAAUUUGGCGGCUCUGGAGAUUUACGCAGGCACGUCCGAACACAUACAGGGGAAAAGCCUUACACUUGUGACAUUUGCAACAAAAGCUUCACUCGCUCUGCUGUUCUUAGAAGACAUAGGAACAUGUAUUGUCGGGCUGGAGAAAAUGGUCAGAAUACGCCAGAGGUUUUCCCUACCACAUCUUCCGACAUGGAAAAAUCUCACAAUGCAGAUACAUUGACUCAGGAAAUGACUGUGCCUUUUGUAACUGGUAACGCAGUGGAAAGAGCGGAGUACGAAGGAAAUUCAACAAAUUCGUUUUGCAAAUUGCAAACCAGCAUUCAACAACAAGAAUUAGUUGGGCAAGAAAAACUGUCCGUAGAACGCGUGAGACAUACCAAGCCUCAUUCACCUGAUACAGCUCACGGCUAUACUUUCACUGAAGUAGAAGUAGCUGUCACAGAUGAAACGUUACACUCGGAUAUAUCUAUGAUUCGAUCCUCGUUAGUAACUUUAGAGAAUAACUGCACCGAGCCCUUAGGUAACCGGAUAUCUUCCAAUGCGCACCGGAAUUCCGAUGGUCCUUUCUUUUCAAGUAUGACAUUGUGGGGUUUGGCUAUGAGAACCUUGCAAAAUGAAACAGACAUGGAGCAGUAAAUAUUCUUAUUUUUUUUGUUUUCUUAUUAAAUUUUGAAAAUGCACUCUUUUUUCGUAAAGUACAAAUUAACAUUCUUUUGAUUUUUAUGUAAAAUUUCAAUAUUUUAAACUUGUGCAAAAUACAUUAUUUUUGUAAGUUAUGAAUAAAAC